AUGGCUACACAGUCGCGUGAAUCUGAGCUGAAGCAGCAAGGUUUGCUUGACGCGGCGAAAGACCCCAAUUCCUCAAUUACGGCGCAGCAAGCAGAGAAAUCUUUAGUAGAUCAGGCGCAGGCGGGCGGCAGCGCGGCCUUCCAGUUCGACCCCGAUGCGAGUCCCGAGCAGAAGCGGGCACAGGCAAGAGCGCGUGUUCCUGCAAACUUCCACCACGAGCGGAACAAGAAUGCAACGGCACUGGUAUCAGAUGCCGACAACAAUGGACCACAAGAAUACGACCUUCCCACGCCUACGAAAGACGGCGCCAUAGAAACACCAGAGGAGGCCAAAGCAAACGGUCACGCGCCCAAACAGCUCGACGACGAUGCGCGGUGGGAUCGGGUCGGAUGGACGCCGCGAUUCGGCAUGCCAGGCUCAGAGAACAAGGAGGAGGACGAAGAGGAAGCGUCUCUGGCCGACCACCAGACAUGGCUGGAAGGCAGGAUAGAGGACAAGUUCUUUGGCGACUGGUACCACAACACGGGCAUCAUCAUCUUUGCAUGCUUGAGCUCGUGGGUCGUGGGUGUGCUAGGCGGUGGGCUGGGCUGGAUCAUGAUCUUCAUGGCUGUUUGCGGCACCUACUACCGAACCUCGAUCCGCCGCGUGCGCCGCAACGCGCGGGACGACCUCAACCGUGAGAUGGCUAAAAACAAGCUGGAGACGGAUACGGAGAGCUUGGAAUGGAUCAACAGCUUCCUCGUCAAGUUCUGGCCCAUCUACGCGCCUGUCCUGUGUGACACCAUCGUAGGCACCGUCGACCAGGUCCUCUCCACAUCAACACCAGCCUUUUUGGACAGUCUGAAGAUGAAGACGUUCGUCCUCGGAACCAAACCUCCGCGGUUAGAGCACGUGAAGACAUACCCGAAGACACAGGAUGACAUCGUCCUCAUGGACUGGAAGUUCAGCUUCACACCCAACGACACGGCUGAUCUUACCGCGAGGCAGAUCAAGAACAAGAUCAACCCGAAGAUUGUCCUAGAGAUCCGCAUUGGAAAGGGUCUUGUUAGCAAGGGUCUGGAUGUCAUCGUAGAAGACAUGGCCUUCUCAGGUCUGAUGCGCCUAAAGUUCAAGCUGCAGUUGCCCUUCCCUCAUAUUGAGAAGGUCGAGAUGUCGUUCCUGGAGCGCCCAACCAUCGACUACGUUUGCAAGCCAUUGGGUGGAGAGACGUUCGGUUUUGACAUCAACUUCAUCCCUGGACUGGAGACCUUCAUUAUGGAGCAGAUCCAUGCCAACUUGGGCCCGAUGAUGUACGAUCCCAAUGUGUUUCCCAUCGAGAUCGCCAAGAUGCUUGCAGGUAAUCCUGUCGAUCAAGCGAUUGGAGUUCUGCAGGUCCACUUUCACGGCGCACAAGGUCUCAAGAAUCCUGACAAAUUCUCCGGCACCCCUGACCCAUAUGCCACGGUUUCCAUCAACAAUCGUAAUGUGCUCGCACGUACCAAGACGGUGCACGAGAAUGCUAGCCCUCGCUGGAAUGAGACUGUUAACAUCAUUGUGACUUCAUUGAAAGAUUCGCUUACUAUCAACCUCUUUGACUACAAUGAUAUUCGUAAAGACAAGGAGCUCGGUACCGCCACGUUCGCCCUAGAGCAGCUGGAGGAGGACCCCGACCACGAAAACAUGCAGCUCGAGGUCAUGUCAGGUGGUCGCGCCCGGGGUAUGGUAACAGCUGACGUGCGCUUCUUCCCAGUCCUGGAAGGUACCACGCUUGAAGACGGCACCAAGGAGCCUCCACCAGAGUCACGUACGGGUAUUUGCAAGUUCACUGUUGAGCAGGCCAAGGAUAUGGACGGUAGCAAGAGUAUGAUCGGACAACUCAGCCCGUACGCCGUCCUGUUGCUCAACGGCCACGAGAUCCACAAAUCGCGGGUUAUGAAGAGGACGAACCAACCCAUCUGGCCAGACGCGACCAAGGAAAUGCUCAUCACCGACCGUAAGAAGGCUAAGUUGGGUCUUGUCAUCAAGGAUGACCGUGACCUUGCAGCUGAUCCGAUCCUCGGUACCUACCAAAUUACGUUGGACGACAUGCUAGAACUUAUGGCCAAGGGCCAUGAGUGGUACAACCUCGCAGGUACAUCAAGCGGUCGCGUAAAGAUGAAGCUCGAUUGGAAGCCAGUUGCCUUGAAGGGCGCAGUAUCUUCGAGUGGUUACCUUACUCCUAUUGGUGUGAUGAGAUUGCACUUCCAAAGCGCGCGUGGGCUUCGUAAUCUGGAAGCGUUGGGCAAGUCAGAUCCCUAUGUGCGCGUGCUGCUUUCUGGUAUCGAAAAGGGUCGAACCGUUGUGUUCAAGAACAACCUUGAUCCCGACUGGGAUGAGGUUAUUUAUGUGCCCGUACAUACUGUCCGCGAGAAGCUUACGUUAGAGGUCAUGGACGAUGAGAAUCUCGGUAAGGAUCGUCCACUCGGACACAUUGAGCUCUUGGCUGGCGACUACAUUCAACAGGAUGAGAACGGCGAGUACCUUGUUCAAGAACAGAAGCAGCCUACAGCGGGACCUCUUCGAUUGGCUGGACACGCUCAGCCCCAUGGCACGCUGAACUACACUUGCUCCUUCUACCCGACGUAUCCCACUUGGGACCCGGAGGAGGACGAGGAAGAAGAAGCAGAGGAAGCUACAACCAACGGCAACGGCGACACCCGACCCAUUUCCGUUGGAUCCAAGCUCAGCCAUCAACGCGUUGUCUCCGGUUCUUCUACCUUGAGCAGGUCGGAGACUGCGGGUACCAUCUCAUCGCUUAAGUCUAACGAGAAGGAUAUGGCCAAGGAGCUCGCGAAGAACGAGCUACAGCAAGAAGAGUCGAUCCCAGAAAAGCCGAAGAUCGAGAAGUUAAGGCUUACUGCGGACGACCUGCAGCAGUACGAAUCUGGUCUGCUUGUCUUCAAGCUCAUCGAUGGCGAGUUUGCAAGGACGGGUGGUUACGUCGACGUUAUUAUGGAUGACAUGGCCUACGCCAGCUAUUCCAGCGCAAAGAUCCGGAGCAACAAGAUGACAUUCAACGAUGUUGGCGACACGAUGAUCCGAGAGCUCGACUUCUCCAAGAUCACCCUUCGAAUCAUCGAGCACGUCGACAAUGACGGCGACGAGCAUGAAGACCAUGUCAUUGCUAAGCUCACAGGAAACACUGUAGACACGCUGCGGAGGGCUUUGAACACACCCACUCAAUUCACGCUCAAAGACAAGAACGGACGCGAUAACAAGAUCACUGUCAUGCUCAAGUACAUUCCCGUAAAGAUGCGCCUUGAUCCCAGCGAAUCAUUCAACAAUCAGGGCACACUGCGAGUCGAUGUGCUUGAUGCAGCAGAUCUUCCAGCUGCGGACCGUAACGGCUUCUCGGAUCCUUACUGCAAGUUUAUGCUCAACGACAAAGAGGUGUACAAGACGAAGACGCAAAAGAAGACCCUCCACCCAGCAUGGAACGAGUACUUUGAAGUACCUGUACGAAGUCGAACAGCCGCUGACUUUGUUGUCAACGUCUACGACUGGGACUUUGGCGACAAGGCAGACUUCCUCGGCAAGUCAUCCAUCAAUCUAGAAAUUCUGGAGCCCUUCCAACAACAAGAGGUCACGCUUGCUCUUGACGGCAAGUCAGGUGCUAUCCGACUUAGGAUGUUGUUCAAGCCAGACUAUGUCGUACGAUCCCGUCAGGGCUCAAGCACGUUCUCCGGCACCUUUGCUGUUCCAGGCAAGGUCAUCGGUGCGCCUGUCAAGGGUGUCGGCAAGGGCGCCGCGUUCGUCGGUGGUAACGUAGUCCGCGCAGGGACUUUCCUUGGCCGUGGCUUCAAGCGUAGAAAGUCACGCGGCGAGGCCCCUGAAGAGGACUUUGAACGACCGAGCACCGCAGAACGACCCUCCGCGGAUACGCCAAUAAUCUCCGUUGAAGGCGAGCCCAACACGCCUACCAAGGAUAGCUCAAACCACAACAGACACCGCAGCUGGGGCGCACAGAGCUUCCACAGCCGCUUCGGUGACGGUGGUGCUGGGGGGGCCGAGCAAGGCACAGCGAACAUCACCGUCCUCGGCGCUGACGGCUUCCCUCCCAACACCAACCUACGCGUACACAUCCAGCUCGGUAAGAAGGAAAUUCACAAGACCGACCACAUCAAGGCACCGCAGGGUUCUGUUUCUUUCAACCCCAGCGAAGAGAGUUUCAAGGCAUCCUGCACCGCCGACGCCUUCUUCAGACUCGUCGUCAAAGACCAUAGCAAGUUCGGCCGCGACGAAGAACUCGGUGAAGCUCAAUUCACCAUCUCAGACCAAGGCGGCGGUGCUGAGCAGAACAUCGGUGUGGGCAAGGGCAUGGUAUCCAUCCGCAGUAGCUUCCAGCCUAGCGACGCAUCGAGCCAGCAGGGUAGUGUCAGUCCGCGGCCCAAGACAUCAGAGAGGAGAGGUCUACUAAGGAGGGAGAGAAGCACUACGCCUAACCCUCCUGCUUAG